GGAAGUUUGAGCGCGGCGGCGGCGGGUGUGAGGGGCGGCGGGUGUGAGGGGCGGCGGCACCAGCACCUCAGCGCGGCAUCGCCGGACGGGAGCUGCCUCGCACCCCGCCCAGUCCCGCUCCGCUCCGGAGCCCGGCCAGGCGGCACCAUGGACCUGGAGACUAAAGUCAAAAAGAUGGGCCUGGGCCAUGAGCAAGGAUUUGGUGCCCCCUGCUUAAAAUGCAAGGACAAGUGUGAAGGAUUCGAGCUUCAUUUCUGGAGAAAAAUAUGCCGCAACUGCAAAUGUGGCCAGGAAGAGCAUGAUAUCCUCACAAGCAAUGAGGAAGAUCGGAAAGUGGGGAAACUCUUUGAAGAUACAAAGUACACAACCCUUAUUGCAAAGCUGAAGAAUGAUGGCAUUCCCAUGUAUAAACGCAACGUAAUGAUACUGACUAAUCCAGUGCCAGCCAAGAAGAACAUCUCCAUCAAUACUGUGACUUAUGAGUGGGCUCCUCCUGUUCAGAAUCAGACACUUGCAAGGCAGUAUAUGCAAAUGCUACCAAAGGAGAAGCAGCCUGUUGCUGGCUCGGAAGGCGCGCAGUACAGGAAGAAGCAGUUGGCGAAGCAGCUGCCUGCUCACGAUCAGGAUCCUUCAAAAUGCCACGAGCUCUCCCCCAGUGAAGUUAAGCAGAUGGAACAAUUUGUGAAGAAGUACAAAAACGAGGCACUUGGCGUAGGAGAUGUCAAGCUCCCUGGUGAGGUGGAAACGAGUGCUGCCGGGAAGAGUAAAGUGAAGAAUGGUGACAGAGGCACCUCAGCUGCUGUAGGAGCGAUGGAGGACAAGUCCCCAGAUCAGAAGCCAUCUCAGUAUUCCUGCUAUUGCUGCAAACAGAACAUGAAAGAAGGUGACCCAGCUGUCUACGCAGAACGUGCUGGAUAUGACAAAUUGUGGCACCCAGCUUGUUUUGUCUGUUGCACCUGCAGCGAACUGCUAGUAGACAUGAUCUAUUUCUGGAAGAACGGCAACCUGUACUGUGGAAGACAUUAUUGUGAUAGUGAAAAACCCCGCUGUGCUGGAUGUGAUGAGCUUAUAUUCAGCAAUGAAUAUACUCAAGCAGAAGGUCAAAACUGGCACCUGAAACACUUCUGCUGCUUUGACUGUGAUUGCGUUUUGGCUGGGGAAAUCUAUGUAAUGGUGAAGGACAACCCAGUCUGCAAACCCUGCUACAUGAAGAACCAUGCUGCGACCUGCCAAGGCUGUCACAACGCUAUAGAUCCAGAAGUUCAGCGUGUGGCGUACAACAACUUCAACUGGCAUGCUACACAGGAGUGCUUCUUGUGUUCCUGUUGCAGCAAGUGUCUCAUUGGCCAGAAGUUCAUGCCGGUGGAAGGGAUGGUCUUUUGCUCAGUGGAAUGUAAGAAAAAGAUGAUGUCUUAAGAGAAGAUGUGCACAGAAACAAGCACUGCUGCGUUCCAAAGGCUCUUGCAUUUCUACUGUAAAAAUACAUGGUAUCGGGGCAUUUAAAGUUAUUGAAAGUAUUAAAUAGCAUUUUCCCAAAGAUUUCUUUGAAUGACUAAAACUUGCUAUGUAGCCUUCAUUUCUUAGCCCUAAUAAUGCUUUCUUUUUUGGAAUAUUAUUCCUGAGUCUUAUCUCAAAAGACUUUGUACCCCAGAAAUGUAAGAAAAUGUGUCUUAGGUAUAAAAUACACUUUAGGGAGUUCUUCACUGUGAAGGAUCUUCUUGCUGUAUGCUGUCUAAUGGAAAAAGAAAAUGUGAAAAUGCUCCAAUUUUUCUUGUUUUGUAUGAUAAAUGUAACUCUUCACUUGUGGUUUCACUAAUUUAUCAUUUUUAUAGUUUCCUUGCUUUCAUCAAGCACUUUAGACAGAAUGAUCAGCUUUACUGCCACAUACAGUUUUGCUCACUUGACCUCAAGUAUGCAGGGAGAAUGAAGCUAAAAAAAAAGUUGCCUGUAAUCAUUUGCUUGUUGACACGUGGGUUCUUGAGGGAUAGUGACCACUCUCACAUCUAGUUUGUAAAGUAACUCUGCACCAGUAGAAAACUGUGUUGCCUCAUGUUACUCUUUUCUAAGAAAUGUUCAUGCCUGGAAAAGUUUUCAUUUCAUUAAUAUUGAAGUUACAGAUUUAGGCAGGGGGGAGGGUGCAAAAAAUAAGAGCAUGUCUUGCCUAGAUUAAAGAUACAAAAAGUUGAAAAGUUCACCAACAUUAGUGGGUGUCACUCUUAUCCUUCGAGACUGGCUUCUGUUUUUUUCAUGAAUGUUAUUUUCAUAAAUUGUGCCUUCUAUCAGAGGGACGUGGCACACAAUACUGUAUGCAUUUCCAAGAAUGUAAUUCUGCAGUAGGGAUUAUACUUAGGCUUUUGAUUUUUAAGUUCUUAACCAAAGCACAAAGAAGUCUUUCCCAGAAGACUUCCAGUAUUUGAAUGAAAAUCAUCACAAGUGUAUAUUCCCUUUGCUUACUAGGUAAACCAAAUGUGUGGUUCUCUUUCUUUUUUCUUAACAAUUACAGAUCUACACUGAAACCUGUUAGCUAUCUUUGUGCCAGUGAAUGAAGAGUCUUUGACCGAAAAAAUUAAAAAAAAAAAAAUAAAAAAAACCUAUGCAAGUCUUAUGUUCAGCUCAUUUAUUUUUUUUUUUUAAACUUUUAUGGUGGCUGUAUUGUAACACUUAAAA